UUGUUCAUUCAUUACAACCAAACUGUCCUGAUUUAUUUGAUUCCAUGGUCCUUUUCCAGAGUUUAUAAAGUAUCUAACGUCGAGAUCUUCGAGGAAUUCCACACAAUAGUUUAAAGAAACUGAAUGCAAUGCAUGAUAUUGUCGCAUAACGCUGGCGACGCGUAAUCUGCUGGAUACCAUAGCUUUCACAGCUCUCACAGCUCACCAACCACGGAUCCAUCCAUCCUUACCUCACAACAAUCAUCUACAAUAUUUGGAUUGUGCUUAACUUCUACAAACAUAUAAGAUGGUCGGAUUCAAUGUAUGCCAUUCUCUGAGCGCAUUGAAAGCUCUCUCCUUCCCUACCUCUACAUCUACCGCUCCUAACACCUCCAGUUCUUCCGCAUACUGGGAGAUAUCUCCCACACUCUCUCAAAAUGUAUCCUCAUAUACGCAAUCCACCGAAACUCAUCUGCUGAAGGUAUUACCUCCCAUCAGUCUCUAAACCAUUUAUCAAGCUAAUACCCGUCGAGGUGUUUCCCUCAUCACUCAAUCCCUCUAUGCCAUGGUCUUCAUAACUCGCUAUCUCGAUCUCUUCUCAGGUUAUUUCAUUCUUUGGAAUUUCACACUCAAAAUCUUUUAUAUCGGCUCGAGUCUCUAUAUCCUCUUUUUAAUGUUGAGAGUUUAUGCACGCACUAGAGAACGUGAAAAGGCGUGGAAAUUGGGAGGUCUUUGUUUUGUUGGAAGUGCGGUUUUGUCGCCGAUUCUGAUGAUGAUAUUUGAGAGGAAAUAUGCUUGGGGUUUUAUGGAGGUUGGUAUAUUUUCUGAGAAACUGAAUGUGACGUGCAUUUGCGAUACUAAUAUGAUACUAGGUUCUAUGGGUUUUCUCCAUUCUCCUCGAAUCAACAUGUAUCCUCCCACAACUUCUCCUCCUUCGACAAACUACCGUUCCUACAGUUCUCGAUUCCUAUUACCUCGUAACACUCGGUUCCUAUCGAUUCUUUUAUAUUUUAAAUUGGAUCUGGCGUUCCCUGGAUAUAAAUGAUCGUUCCCCAGAUGCGAUAUCAAUUAUCGGUGGAGUAAUCCAAACUGCCUUUUACAUCGAUUUCGCAUGGGUAUACUAUUCUCGACAACGCGUCAAGCUAAGGAAUGGAGGAGUAGUAGAUGCAGAUGAUAUUAGUAGAGGUUGGUUAUUAAACCGCGUGUUGGGAAACAAACACAUGGCAGGAACAGAAGAAGAUGAAGGAGACGAGGAAGCAACUCCGGCAUUGGGUGGUAGACAAGAUACAGGGCGCAAUACGAGUAAAUGGGGAGCAAGGGGUAUUUCGGUUAGUGCGGAUGAAGGUGUACUUGGAGGUGAAAGUCAGAGACAUGCUUCGUUUGAAGGACAGGAAAGUGGUGUGGUUGAUGCGGCUGAUGUGGAUGGUGAUGCGAAAAUGAAGGAUCCGGAUGAGUUGGCUAGGAUUUUAGAUGAGGAUGGUGAGGAGAGUGAAGAUGAUGGAACAUUGCCGAAACCAGGGGGAAGUAGUUCUGGUGUGGGUAAUGGGUCGGAGUGGAGGGGAUAAAGGAAUUGAUUUGAAGUCAAUAGGGAGUGGGUAUGGACAUGAGCAUUUUUAAGAACUUGAUUUGACCUGAUUUGAUUUGAGCUUAUUGUAUGAUUCAACGGAGAUAUGAAUGAGCAUUAAAGUUCUGAGAUUUGGGAUCUAGGAUCUGCUGUUUCCGGUGAUUGAUUUGAUGGAUGCAUGGGUGGAUGGAUGGAUGGAUGAAUGGAAUACUCAUGGAUCCAUAGUUCAGCAGCUAAUUCUUUACAUUACCAAUAUCAAAUACCCAAUUUCGGUUUUUU